AUGGCGGACAAUACCUCCACCCCCGCCGACCCGAUGGCCGCAGCCUCAAAUGCCAUGAUGGCCUCCAUUCAGGACUACAUUCGCACCGCCGUCACCACAGAGGUUGCAAAUCUCCCGAAUGCAUCCCAGCCCGCCCAGCUGGCAGCCCUUCAGAGUCGUCUCGAGACUGCCAAUCAGGAGAACUCUGAAUUGAAGGACAAGAUCAAGCAGAUUGAGAGCGAGCGAGACACCGUUAAGGCGGCCUUCUCCUCUUACCUGGGCUUUCCCCUUCCAGACUCGAAGCUUUCCCGUCAUUCCCACAGCAAGAGCAGCAAGUUUCCCCAGUUCCAGAAGUUCCCUGUCGAGAUCCGCAUGAAAAUAUGGAAGCUUGCUCUCCCUGCCGGACGCAUUUUUGACCUCUCCAACGUCGAUGCCCACUUCUCUCGUGUUCUCCGAGCCCCCAUUGCCGCCAACAACGGCGCGCCUAACCCGGCCUUGGUCCUACGCCAGGCCUCGGGCCUCACUGAGAUGAGUGUGACUGCCCACAAGACGCCCAAGCUCCGACUCGCUUGCAAGGAGGCCAAUAAGGCAUUUCUCGAGGCUGGUGGCUUCGAGUUCGGCUUGUUUGGCGGCCCAUACAAAGGCCUUUGGUACAACUACUCGGAGGACAUACUCUUUGUUCGCGAGGAGCCUCGUACCUGGACUAACCUCGACAUGUCACGCAUCGUCCGUGUCGCUUUCCCGCAUAAUAGGUUUAUGUGCAAGGCCGACGCUACCGCUAAGAUGGACACCAUUCUCGAUCAUUUCACCUCCUGCAAGGAGGUCAUCCUCAUGCAGACCAUGGAGUGGGAUAUCCGCUCCUGCCUUGCAAGCCCUCGCCUGCCCGCCAAGUUGUUCCCACUGCAGGAGGCCGAUCCGAUUAGCACCCAUGACUACCCGAAGGAGCUCUCCGACGACGUUGGCAGUGUCGCAACCUGGGGCGAUGUCAAGCGCAUUGUUGCCCAGAUCUGGGAUGACCACGUUGUCAACGUGAAGCAUCUCAGCCCUGUUCGCGUUCCGAAGUUCUCCGGUAUCGAGGUCCUUAAAGCUCGCCCGAGCUACUUUGACUAG